CCUGCCGGGGCCCCGAUGAGCGGCAGCUCGGAUGAAGGCGCCGCACGGGCAGGGCGCGGGAGAGGGGAGGAAGGAGAAGCCCCUCCGAAGGUGUACGAGAUGCAGGUCGGGCACAGGUGGCCGGGCUCCAGCCGGACGGUGAAGCCCGUGGUGUACCGGCUGGAGGAAAGCGAGUACCGGCGGCUGCUGCAGGAGGCAGAAGCAGAGCCUGACGAGGAAUGGGAGGCGGAGUACGAGGUACCUGUGCUCCAGGAGAGCUACCCCGGGAACGGGAAGGUGGCGAGUCCGAGCCUCAAGAGGAUCAACGCUUUGCAAGGAGCCCUGCGCGGGCAGCUGAGCCGCUCGGACUCGGAGAGCAGCGUGGAGAACCGGCAGGUGAAUAAACCCAUGCCGAGCUGCCCCUCGGAGGGGAACAAACCCAGCGUCCCCAUCAGGUCAGACAGCUUCGAGCGCAACGCCUUGCUCAUGGAUUACAUCCUGCAAAGCAAGCAGGAGGCAGCGGCAGCCGUUUCCCACGUCCCCAGGGACGGCAGCAAGGCGGCCGAAGGCUUCAGGCAGGCGCUGGGCUUCGCCCCGCCGGCCGGCAGCACCCCGGACCCUUGCCAGAACGGCGAGGAGGACGCGGUCAGGAAGCCUGAGGUGGACUGGCAGGUGGCGAAGAGCCUGGAGAGGAUGGUCUCGGCGGCCGCAGCGGCUAGAGACGCCGGGAAGCUUUCAAGGCAGAACAGCAGCCAGCUCCUGGAGAGCAGGGAAUGGCUGGAAGAAGUCGAUUUGGAGAUGCUGGAUUCGUACAGCAUGAGAAAAACCCCUCCGGCUCCUCCGGUCAGGUCGCACAGCAAAGAGAGCUUGGCUUUGAGCAUGAGCAAGACGGUGGCGCUGACCGAGGCGCUGCUGGAGCCGUGCAGCUCCCUGGCAAAGCCUGCCAAGGAGCAGAGGGCGGCCGUGGGCGAGUGCGGCGCGGAGCAGCCGGCGGGAGGGAGGGCGCCGGGAGGAGGGGGCCCCGAGGAGCAGGAGCGGAAGGGGAGGAAGAGCCAGGAGGAGGAUGAGAAAGUGCUCAAAGUCGCCGACGCCAAGAAAACCUUCGAAAAGGCAAAGGCAGCGGAGGGGAAGGCAGCGGCCAGCAGCGCCAGGAAAGACACGAUGAGGCGAGUGGUACGACAGAGCAAAUUCCGGCACGUGUUCGGCCAGGCGGUGAAGAAUGACCAGUGCUACGACGACAUCCGCGUCUCCCGCGUCACCUGGGACAGCUCCUUCUGUGCCGUGAACCCCAGGUUCGUUGCAAUAAUCGUGGACGCGAGCGGCGGCGGAGCGUUCCUGGUGCUGCCUUUGCACAAGACGGGCCGGAUUGACAAGUCCUAUCCAACAGUGUGCGGGCACACAGGACCGGUGCUGGACAUAGACUGGUGUCCCCACAACGACCAGGUCAUCGCCAGCGGCUCCGAGGACUGCACCGUCAUGGUGUGGCAGAUUCCCGAGAACGGACUCACCCUGUCCUUGACAGAGCCGGUGGUGGUUCUAGAAGGCCAUUCGAAGCGAGUGGGCAUCGUGGCUUGGCACCCGACCGCGCGCAACGUGCUGCUCAGCGCAGGUUGCGAUAACGCAAUCAUCAUCUGGAAUGUGGGGACAGGCGAAGCCCUCAUAAACCUGGACGACAUGCACGUGGACGUGAUUUACAACGUGAGCUGGAAUCGCAACGGCAGCCUAAUCUGUACAGCUUCCAAAGACAAAAAAGUUCGAAUUAUUGACCCCAGGAAACAAGAAAUCGUUGCCGAGAAAGAGAAGACCCACGAGGGAGCCCGGCCCAUGCGAGCCAUUUUCCUCGCCGAUGGAAACAUCUUCACGACCGGCUUCAGCCGCAUGAGCGAACGGCAGCUCGCGCUGUGGAAUCCGAAAAACAUGGAGGAGCCAAUAGCCCUCCAUGAGAUGGACACCAGCAAUGGGGUCCUGCUGCCCUUCUACGACCCGGAUACCAACAUUAUUUACUUGUGUGGCAAGGGCGACAGCAGCAUUCGCUACUUCGAGAUCACGGAUGAAUCCCCCUACGUUCACUACCUCAACACCUUCAGCAGCAAGGAGCCGCAGAGAGGGAUGGGGUUCAUGCCAAAGAGGGGCCUUGACGUGAACAAGUGUGAGAUUGCCAGGUUCUUCAAGCUUCACGAGAGGAAAUGUGAGCCCAUCAUCAUGACGGUCCCUCGAAAGUCGGACCUCUUCCAGGAUGACCUGUACCCUGAUACAGCGGGCCCAGAGGCGGCUCUGGAGGCAGAGGAGUGGUUCGAGGGGAAGAACGCCGAUCCCCUGCUCAUUUCCUUGAAACAUGGGUACAUUCCUGGCAAGAACAGGGAUCUCAAGGUGGUCAAGAAGAAUAUACUGGACAACAAGCCUGCCGCAAACAAGAAAAGUGAUCUCAUAAAUGCUCCAAAGAAAGCAGCUGAUGCCUCAGACACUCAAAACGAAGCCAAAUUGGACGAGAUUUUGAAAGAGCUGAAAUCCAUAAAAGACACGAUCACCAACCAAGACGAGCGCAUUUCCAAGCUGGAGCAGCAGAUGGCGAAGAUCGCAGACUGAGCGGGGCGAGCGGGCGCUGGCGGGCGCUGCCAGCCCAGACACAUUCCAGUUCCCCGGUUCGGCAAGCAGCAGCGUGCAGCAUUCCAGUACGAGCUUUCCUCUUCUCCCAAAUUCACGUCAAUGAGAGCCGAUGAUUAAAAAAGCCAAGCUUUUUAGUGAAAUAUUUUUUUUUCUGAUGUUUUAAUGAAUUGAUGUGACUGUGUCAAACAAUUCAAAAAGAAAAAGUGCUACUUUGACAGUCUUUUUUUUUUUUUUCCUCCAGAUGUUAUGAUUCUUGAAAACAAACCCAUGAUGACUUUCAAUGUUGUGCCCAAAUACCUUUUUUCUAGAUUUAGGGACCAAUGCCACAUUGUUCUUAACCAUUUUUUAAAGUUGCCAAAAAAACGAAACAAAAAAAAAGUUGCUUUUUAUUUUUCUUAUUUGCCACUUUGCAGUAUUUGUGUUUUAAAUUGAAAGGGACAGCACCGUGUGUGUGUGCGCGUGCGUGCGUGUGGUGGGUGUUUAUACUGUUUAGAGAUCAAAACUGAAGCUAUUUUGUAUAAAUCUUCAAUUCUGAACAAUCAGAUCGGCUCCCCCCACAGCGUGGCCGAGGCUGCCGCUGAGCUCCCUCAGAGGUUCCGUACGAGCUGACUUCCCUGCCUUCCCGAUGUGUUCUGAUGGCCGCUGUCUAACGGUUUUAAAA